CCUCUCUCUCGCUCUCACUGUUCGAGAAGACAAAAAAGAAAGAAACUACGCACCGGGACCUUCGAAUCCGCUACUGCCACUCCCACGACCACCGCCUCGGCCCUGCCUCUGCUCGACUAUAUAAGUGCCCCCCCUCUGCGCAUCUAUUGAUUUCAGCAUUGCUUCUGAUCAGAAGAAGAUCCCGGAAGAGACCAAAUCAGAAGCUAAACCUAUCUACCACAAGGCCAAGUUACGUUAGACCGUUUUGAUCAGUGAAUUAGCUUUCAAGCAGUUCUACUGCUCCCAGCCGCUCGAUCGAUCGAUCGAUCAAACAAGGUAGCUAGCUAGCUCAGGAUCAAAUCUGGUUUGUCUACAUAUAUAGGUAGUGAUCGAUCAGUCGGUCGGUCAUGGAGGCUCUUAGCGGGCGAGUGGGGGUGAAGUGUGGGCGGUGGAACCCGACGGCGGAGCAGGUGAAGGUCCUGACGGAGCUGUUCCGAGCGGGGUUGCGGACGCCGAGCACGGAGCAGAUCCAGCGCAUCUCCACUCACCUCAGCGCAUUCGGCAAGGUGGAGAGCAAGAACGUCUUCUACUGGUUCCAGAACCACAAGGCCCGCGAGCGCCACCACCACAAGAAGCGCCGCCGCGGCGCCUCCUCCCCCGACAGCGGCAGCAACGAUGACGAUGGCCGCGCCGCAGCCCACGAGGGCGACGCCGACCUCGUCCUGCAGCCUCCUGAGAGCAAGCGGGAGGCCAGAAGCUACGGCCAUCAUCACCGGCUCAUGACAUGCUACGUGAGGGAUGUGGUGGAGACGGAAGCGAUGUGGGAGCGGCCGACGAGGGAGGUGGAAACGCUGGAGCUGUUCCCACUCAAGUCGUAUGACCUCGAGGUGGACAAGGUCCGGUAUGUGAGGGGCGGCGGUGGCGAGCAGUGCAGGGAGAUCUCGUUCUUCGACGUCGCUGCCGGCCGGGAUCCGCCGCUGGAGCUCAGGCUUUGCAGCUUCGGCCUCUAGAUCGACCCGUGCAUUGAUGUGCCGCACAUAUGGCAUGAGAUGCAGCUUGCCGCGACUGUACCUGGCCUCUUGUCGCUGUGCCUAGUCCUAGUUCUAGCUGCCCCACAUCAAAAGGAGUACGUACGAGAUGUCAUGAGAUACGGCAUGUGUUGUGGGAAAGUCCGUUGUUGCAUGCAGUAUCUGGGAGGAUCAGGAAAGAGCACGCAAACGAGAUUUCCCCAUUGCCCUUUUCCUUGGUCUUUCCAUCAUGAGAUGUACUUCUACUUUUCUUCUUUUCUGCUACAUGGAUACUAACAUGGUCACUGCUGAUACUUCUAUAUGAUAUAUCCAUUAAUUAAUAUUCCAUA